GGAGGGGAGCCGGAUAGCGGAUUGCACCUGCCCCUCCGGACUCCCUCCCAUUAGUUUGCAUUUCGAUUUAUGCCUGGCACGCACGGGCAUUCCUGGGCACUUGUUGUUUACAGCCCUGAACUUCCCCAAGCUCCCUUGCAGAUGUGGCGGACAGCGGUUCUCAGCACAGCUGGGUGGGGGAGUUCACGGGAGUUUCAGUCCAACCGAUCCGGAGGGGCACAUGGGUCCGGUAGGGGAAGGCAGCCCCGCACACAGUCGUGUGGCAGGGACGUGCGGUCCGGUUCCAAAGCAUUUGCUGCUUGGAGGUUCGGAUAGGAAGUUGAGCAGGUGGAGCCUUCCGUGGAAAGCUAGCUGAGAGCUCCGGGCAUUUUCCUGCCGUUCUUUAGCGUGCUUUUUCUGAUGCAAUAGCCAGUGGUGUUCUUUCUCCUUCCAGGUUUCCUCGGAUGCCCACCUGAGAGCCUCUGAAAUGAGAAUUCUGCUCAGCAGUGCCGUUUGCCUCGCUGAACUGGGAGAGGGUGACCCAAGAAUUAGCUCUCCCCGCAUUUCAUGUUCCGCCAUCCAGACAGCAGAGUCGCGUUGAUCUCCCCGGGCCUCCACUCGCUGCAGGACGGAGAAGGACAGGGGUUGGCCAUGGAUCGCUACAGCUUCGCCAACCUUCUGGACUGGAUGUAUGGAGGAGUGGACCCAAGCUUCGAAGGCAACGGUGGUCCGGAAUGCGCGGCCUUCCUCCCCUGGCACCAGCGCCUGCUGGAAAGCGUGGUCUUCCUCUGCGUGGGAAUCCUGGAGAUCGUGGUGUCCCUGCAGAAGAUCAGGCAAACCCACUGCAAGGAGGCGGGAGACCUCCUGGCUCGAUCUCGAAUCAGGGAGGAAAGCCUGGGGAAGAACUUGUUGCUGGUGUCCUUCUGCCUCGUUUUUGGAUUGGAGGUCGGAUUCAAGUUUGCUUCCAGGACUGUCAUCUACCUGCUGAACCCGUGCCACGUAGUGACCGUCAUGCAGAUUUUUCUACUGGCCUGUCCGCCCUGCCAUUUCUCAAUGAUCCUCUUCAGGUUGCAGAUGCAUAUGCUUAAUGGGGCUCUCCUGGCUCUGCUGUUUCCUGUUGUUAACACUCGACUGCUGCCUUUUGAACUGGAAGUGUAUUACAUCCAACAUGUCAUGCUUUACAUUGUUCCCAUCUAUCUGCUCCGGAAAGGAGGCAUCUAUACUCCUGAGCCAUCCUUCAACUUUUGGUGGGCUUUGCUAUCCACUGGUCUCAUGUUUGUUUAUCAUUACAGUUUUUUACAAAUUCUGGGACUGGCCACACAGGUGAACUUGAACAAUAUGCUGUGCCCGGCCAUCUCGGACCCUUUCUACGGCCCCUGGUAUAGAAUUUGGGCAUCUGGCCACCAGACGCUCAUGACUAUGGUUCACGGGAAGCUCAUCACUGCCAUUUUCUAUCACACUGUCCCUGUUUUUAAGUUCUGUGUGGAUUGGUUUCCACUCCCGGCUAAGAAAAUAUCCUGAGGCAGCUCCAUGGAGGGAAGUACCUUGCAGGAAGUGGAAAAGGGAUGGAGAUGGGAUUGGGAAAAGAAAACAAUGCUGAAAGGACAACACUCAAACUGCUCCUUGUUUCUUCCUUCUGUUACCAAGUAAGAUGUUUCCUCGUAUUCCCUCCCUCUCUGUUGAUUUUCCACUUCCCACAGCCAACAGUAAAACUUGUGGCCUUACCCACAGAGAGGGGCACUGUCCUACUUUUGAUGACUACAGAAUCGUGGACUAUGUAAGCUUGAAGAACUUCAGAAACUUUCCAUGUCUUGGAAUAUAAUUGACAGAGAAAAGCAUCUUGGAUGCAGUCUCUUCUGCACUGUGGGCAUUGAAUAUCCGGAGCAUAGUGUUUCUGCCGAUUUCCUAAGCGUUCGUUCGGCCUGCAGGCAGCUGUAUGUUGGGCAUUUCCUAAAGAUCAGUGCAAAUUAGCAAAUUUCUGCUCUUGAAGAUGCUUGAGACAAUGGGAAACAAUACCAACAACGUACUUGCUGGAGACUGACGUUUCAAGCGAGUGUGUUUCUGUUAUGCUCAGUGCCGGUGUAUUUAUGAGCAGCACCCGGAUGGUUCCUCUAAAUUACUUGGUGAAUAAUGUGAAGCUGCACUCAGUGUAUAACGAUGCAGGGAUGAAGAAGAACCAUGAUCCUUAAAGAGGCACAAUCUGUUUAGCUUGGAUCAAAUUAUACCUCCCCGCAGAAAAACGACUGGUGACGGUUCUUGAUAGCAACUCACACACUCCUGACUAUUUUGUAUAUUCAGCAGCACUGAUGAAUCCUGUGAGAAUCCAGCUGGGCUGGUUGGCUGAGCAGAGUUGCAAAAGCUGACGACAGCAGGGAAUGAGAAGCUGGUGAGGAACAGAAUGGGGUUGCGUCACUUCCCAGUGCUUGCUCCAGUUUGAGGAGAGUGGUGACACUGGGAGGCAUUCACCUCCAAGAGCACUGCUGAAUGAUCUCCUGGACUUUUGACAGUAGUAGCAGUGAGAGGCGCUUGUCUUCCCUCUUGCCCCUCCCAGUUCCUCCCGUUGUGUUACCUUACUUGUGCAAUGCACAACGCAACAGCUGCCAUUCUUUCUCCAGGGGAACCGCUCCAAGGGGAAGUCUUCUGCACCAUGCAGCCAUAGGUUACCUCAACCAGAGAGAUCUUGCCUUAAGCUCCGCGUUCCAGCUCUGUUCACCCACGCAAGGGAGGACAGCGGGGUUGCGUUUUGUAGAGCUGAGGAAUCCCGUUGACCAAAACUUGAAUUUAGUUGCAAAUUGGCGUAAAUAGAAGAAUAUCCUGUUCUUUGGCUUUGUAAACCUUUCUUUGGACUGUGUAUUUGUAGCUGGUGAUGGUUUUUCUAUACAUUUUACUGUGAAUUCUCUUUACUGCCACGAAUUUAACAAAAGAUGCACACGGAGGAGCGCUGAUGUCCUGAUGUGUGUGUUCCGUGUUUCUGAUGCCUAUUUUCUUGUUUUGGCAGAGCACUGGAGGACACAAGGAACUGCUGGAAUCAGUCAUUCUGUACAGGGUUGCUCUUUGCAUUUGAUCCGGUGAAACUUAAUCUCUUUUAUACCCCAGGGUGGCCCAUUUAAACAGAAGUAUAAAGACAGUGAAAUUCCUGGUGAAAUAGCAGAAAUGUAGUUCCACAUCAGUAAUGCAGGAAUCCUUCCACGCAAAUAUCCUUGCAUUCAGCACUGAAAAACCUAAAGUAUCAGAGCUCAAAGCUUUGAACAACAAGUAUUAUUAUUCAUUUUGAUUUUGAUUUUUAAAGGAAUGGUGUGCGGCAGGUUUCUUAUGUGGGUCUGUAAGUGAAGCUGACUGAUAAAAUGGGUUUUUUUCUGUGCACUCACCUUCCUUGGGAUGUAAUAUUUGCUGCUGUUUUGAUUGUGCGCAGAACCACUGCGAGGAGUGCCGUCAGCAUCCCUCAGUUCUUCACGAGGGCAGACGCUUUCAGGCUGCUCGGCCGCAGGAGCAGGUGUUCAGAAUCCUCUUCCUGCGUUAUCUGCCACCCUUACGAAGUGCCACGUCCUCUCCCUCCUGUCGGUGUUUUUGGAGCAUCUCACAGAAAUGCAGUCACUAGAUUUGCUUUUGAAGAGCGGGAUGGCCGAGGAGUUUCCAAUGGGCUGCUCAGGCUGACUCCUCUCUCCUUCUGAGGCAGAUCCCUUGCAUUUCCAAGUCGCUGGGCUCACACGGCCUGCCUCAGGUUCCACAGUGCCGGCAGCAGGCGUUUCACGGGGACCCUGAGCGGGGCUGUGUGCUCAUCAUGGUCUGGAGAGGAUCCCUGGCCACACAACCCGCAGGGCCUUGUGGUGUGACCUGUUCCAUCAGUGUGCAGAAUCCUGCCCUGCACUCGAUUGUGAGCCAAAAUUAGUGCAGGGUUGUUGUAGAAUUGGGGUGGGAAACCUCUGGCCCUCCCAGAUAUUGUUGAGCUACAGAUCGCACCAUGCCUGACCCAUGCCAGCUGGGGCACAUGGGAGUGAGAGUCCCACUUCUGGAGGGCUUCAGGCUCUGCAAGCACUGUGAAAGAAAAGGCUUCUUCGGGUUUUGGUGGAAUUGCCUCUCGGUAAAGAGCUGCCAAGCUUGCAUGGGGAAGCCGGCAGCCUCGUUCAGCAAAGAUGGCUCUUCUGCCAAAGGCUUCUUCCAACCCAGCUCGGUGUGUUACUAAGUAUGCCACAGGCCGGCUGCUUGCAGCCUGGGAUGCCCAUCUCUGGGUGUUGCAAAGCUCCCCUUUCCCAUUUGUUCAAGUUAUUUAGGGACAUGGCAUUGCCAAUUUACCUUCUGCACUUCGAAGAGCCAGUGGGUUCCAAGGCUUUGGAAAUCAUUAGGAACUAGGCUGGAGUGCUGUUCUGUGCCAAUGGAGAAGACUAAUUUGCAGCCUUAUUUUUUUAAAAAAAGAAACUCAUCCUUUGCUAGGAAGAUCUUUCCUUUGUGAAAUACGAACAGAGAGCACGGGAAGUAUCCCGGUGGGUGGUUGCCAGUGCAGGGAAGUCUGCUAGCAUCCCCGUGUUCUCAAAGGCUGCCAAGGUGCGUGAAUUAGCUAAAGUGGGGUGGUGCUGGGGGGUUGCAGCCUUCAUCAAGGGUCUUCCACCUCUCCCCUUGCCCCCAGUCCAAGGACCACGUGUUGUCCUGGCUAGUUCGUGAUGCCGAUUUCUUUGCCAUGAAGUGUCUGCUCAGAGGAAAAGCACAUCAUUACCUGGUGCUCAGAGCACCAGACGCAGGGUUGAGACGGUGCCAUCGUCUCUUGCAGCCUGGAGUGUCUGUCGUGUCGUCUCUCAAACGUCCGUGGAGACCCUGGGAUGUUAGGUGGCUGACUUGAUGUGGCUGCCACAUCGUGGGCUGUUUGUGCAUGGCUUUCUCACGCCCGUAGCUGCUUGUCUCAUCUUUCUGGCCAGGUCUGCUCACAUUCCAGUCCAUGGCAGUUCUUCUCCUGUGGCUGCUGUGGAGCAUGGUUCUGCUUAGCUGCUGUGGCUGAUUGGAAAAGCAGAAGAGGGAAGGCUCCAGUGUGUUGUGCUGAUUGUGCAUUUUGACGUUUGGAGUUUGCAUUUCCUGUUGCCGCCUUCAGGGUUUUGAUAUAUUUCCAUAUAUUUGAUAAUCCAGUGGUUUUUAAAGGCCUAUUCAUGUUGCUCUCUCAGAACCAGCUUUUUGUAAUUUAAUUAUGAACUUGAUUUUGAGUGCCGGUUGGGUGUAUGUGCAAACAUGCCGAGUUCCUGUAUAUUUGUUGUUUUUCUUUUUCCAGUUGGAGUGGGGUGAAGCAACUUUGAUUGCACGACGUUUAUCUUUUCCUACAAUAGAGGAAUUCUUUGGGCAUUUUAGGUUCUGUUUCGUAAAAGCAGGAGCUGAGCAGAACUUGGCACAACCAUGCUCUUCAGAGAGCUCUCAAGGGUUUGGGGCAUUACUAAGCCACGCCUGCCAUUUAGGUGAACGUUCAGAACAGAAAAAUCUGGAUCUUGAAAAUGGAACGCGAGGUUCACGUGCACAACUGCAACCGAUCUGAAGCUGCUGUGUCUUUCCCUGUGGCGUAUUUCAGCCCAUUGUUUGGAAUCUGGUGGGUGUCACCCUGUUUUUUCCUGUUCCAGGUCCAAACUGAAUUUCCCUUUUAUCCUUUGUAUUUCUUCAGUGGAAUCUCUGGAGUGGAGCACCCACAACCCCCUGGCUGAGACCAGCAGCAAUCGUUGCGUAUGCCCCUUUCUCUUUUCGACACUGGCCGCAGCCAUACCUGCCCUCCCACAGCUCCCAGUUAUUUGUAGGAUAAUUUUAUAAAUUACUACUUUUUAAUAUGGUGAAAAAGCCAACAGGUGACAUUUUCCAACAACAACAAAAAUAUAGACUAGGAUUCACCAUUUGUUCUGGCGUUUAUUUUCUGUUGUCUUUUCUGUCAUCUCAAAAUAAAAUCAUGCUCUUGGAGGAAUUUAUUUCAAAGAAUAAACGUUCUUGCAUCAA